CUACUUUGUGACUUUUACCAAAUUGUAGUUGAAAGUUAGAUUUUCUUACAAUUUACACUAUUAAUAACAAACAGUAGACUAAACACAGAAAGACUGAAUUAGAUUGAACUGAGUUCACUGCAGAAAAGAAAGCAUCAAUUUGGCAUGCGUAUUCAAGGGUGUGGAUCAAUCUCAUCCCUAGACUACAUUCAAAUGAGCUAAAGAUGCUAUCCGGAAUCCCUCUUUGUGCGUGGUAUGUAGGCUGUCGGCUAAAAACUAUGUGCAGAUUUCACAAUUUUGCAUGAAUGUUCUGAACCUUAUUUGUUUUUGCUUAAUUGUAGGCUAUAAUCUAACUGAAAAAGGGCGCGUCAGGGCUUCUCAGUGAUAUCACUGGCGCCUUUGCACUUUAUUCUCUCGUGCGUUAUCUACAAGUCCAUGGGUCGUCUCAGUUCAUGUUGUGUUUUGAGGGAAAUGAUGUGGCACAUGUACUUUGACUGCAACUGGGAACGCAUGUAAGCAUUCUUAACACUGUUUGCUAAGAUCUCUGUAAGAGAGACAGUGGGAUGGACCCCAGAGGAUACCAGUGGCGGCAGUCUGACCCUCACUCCCAGAGACCCAAACUCCCAGACGACUUCCACCGCCCCACUCCCCAGGGAGGUGGAUACUACCCACCACCUGACCCGAGACAGAGGGACCGGCAAUGGCUUCAACCAGACCCCCGCUACAUAGCUCCCCUCACCAGCCCUCCACCCAGACCAGAGUACCCACCCCUCUACAGCUCUCCGCAAGCCAGAGCUGCAUAUGGCCAUGACAGACCAGAACACGCACUCCCUAGACCUCAUUCCAGGCAUGGCUAUGACCAUCCACCCCAAGGCUUCUGGAACUACAGGGAGGACUACAACCACUACGACCCUAGUUAUUACACAGGCUUUUAUGAAUAUCCAGACGCGGGUCAAUGGACUUCCCAGGAGUCCAGGAAGGCCGACCCGUACCAUGACAGGAGGUACAAGCAGGAGCAUGCUGGGAGUGCGUCUGUAGAACAGUCCAGGUAUGACCAUGGGAGAGGUGGUUUUCAGCACGAUUCCAGCAGACAUGAGGGUGAUCAAGCUGGGGAGAACAGCGAUGAUUAUGGAGAGGCUUUCUAUUACAACACGGGCACACUGGCAAGCUCCAAAACCUCAGGACUAUCCUCCAGUAGUUAUGAGCUGAGUCAAUACAUUAACGGCGCCGAGACAAGCGACUCUGCAGAGAUGACAGCAAACACAGAGCGUGUUGUAGUGCCCCAGGUGACUGCCCCUCUGAAAUACUCCCUGCCUCACGCUGUGGUCAGCUUUGGGCCAGCAGGCCAGCUCGUACGGGUCAACCCGGGACUGGUGACGCAGGGAGACCCAGGCCUGCUAGAGAUCCACAGCCUUGAGGUCAUUCUAGGUGAAACACAAGAACAACAGGAAAUGAGAGAUUUUCCUGGGCCUCUGGCCAGGGAGGAUCUUCACAAAGUGGACGCUAUCUCAUUCGCCCUCCAGAGGGCAGAAGCCUGCAUGAGAGAUGACAAAACCCAGGACAGAGAGUCUGCUACACUCUUGUGGAAUUUACUGAUUCUACUAUGCAGACAGAAUGGACGCAUCGUUGGUUCCGACAUCGCAGAACUGCUCCUGCAGAACUCUUCAGGAGCCUGUGGGCCAGAGCCUCCCACUCUGAUCGACCUGAGAGAGGACCUCGGUCCGGACACGGAGGUGCCUGAGGGGCAUGACCUCCUGACAGGGCAUGGGGCCACACCCAUUUCAGAACAUUCACAGCAGGCACUGGAGGGCUAUACUAAACUCCUCCUAGCUGGCAGGAAGAAGGAAGCCUUGGAGGCGGCCAUGAAGACCGGCCUGUGGGGCCACGCUUUGUUUCUGGCCAGCAAGAUGGACAACAGAUCUUAUACAACCGUGUUGAGCAGGUUUACAGGCCAGCUAGCAGCUAGCGACCCUCUCCAGACCCUCUUCCAACUGCUCUCUGGGAGGAUCCCUGCUGUUUCCACGUGUUGUGGAAAUGAGAAAUGGGGAGAUUGGAAGCCACAUCUGGCCGUAAUGUUGUCCAAUGAAACGGAGGAUGCUGCAACGCACCAGAAAUCCAUAAUGACAUUAGGCGACACACUCUCCUCUCGAGGCCUGCUACACGCGGCUCAUGUGUGCUACCUGACAGCCGGUGCCCCUUUCGGUGUGUACACGUCUAGGACAGACAAGCUGGUUCUUCUCAGCAGCAGCCACAGUCUUCCAUUCUUGCAGUUUUCCACAAAUCAGGCCAUUCUGUGUACUGAGUUGUUUGAAUACUGCCAGAAACUUGGUGAUAAGUCCUUCUCUAUCCCUUCCUUCCAGGUGUACAAGUUCCUGUAUGCGUGUCGCUUGCUCGACUGGGGGCUUGUGUCCCAGGCUUUCCAUUACUGCGAGGUAGUGGGCGGAGCUCUGAUCGGACAGCAUGAGCCUAGCCUGGUGCUUCUGGGAGAGGUUGUUAAGCUGGCAGAGAGACUGGGCCACUGGGAGAGACAGCUCAGCGCAGCAGCUGGCAUCCGGCCCGGUCCGGAUCCUGAAUGGCUACGGCAGCUGCGACUCAAGCACCAGGGCAUGCAGAUGGGGAGCAAUGGUUGGAGUAAGCCUCAGCAGCACCCUGCUGAUUGCUCAUUGGCCUACGAGGAGAACACGGUUUAUUCAGAAGCAGGUGACUCGUCUGACUGUGGGGAAGUGACCGGGACGAGGCUGAGCCCACAUGUUGACCUACUUGGCUCCAGUGGAGCAGAAAUGGAGCAGGCCCCCAUACAGCAGGUCUUCCCCUCCCCAUCCGUCAUGCCUGACAUGCAGCCAGCAGUGCCCCUUGUACCUCUUGGGGGCCAAGACUGCAGUUACCAUAAUGCAGGUGGUGCUCACGUCCGCCCUGCCCCUCUGCAUCCGGUGUGGCGGGAUGGUCCCUGUGGAGUGAAUUCGGGGACUGAAACCUCCUUCAGUGCACGCAAGAGCCGGCAUGUGACUGCAAAGAUGCAUGCUGGGAUGCCUGUCACAAGGUAUGGACAUGGACAGUCGACGGAAUCGGCAGAAGUCCAACCAAAACAUAACACCCCAUCUGGAUGGUUUAGCUGGUUCAAAUCACAGCCUCGAUAAUGAGAUUGACAAAUGAGACCGUCUGCAUUGCUACAACGGAGUCUCCGCCCACUUCUCUAUCCUCUACCCCGCCCACGCCCAUCAUCAUAGGCUGCCCAGCUAUAAUGCCUUAUGGACCCUCCUCUACAUGGCUCAACCCUCUUAUCAGGAAAGCAUAGCCUUGCUAUUUAAUGAUAGAUAACUGAAUGUAUCGAUCGAGUAUAAUUAAACUGUACUGCUAUUUACAA